UCCUCCUCAGCACAGUCGUGAAGCGCGCAAGACCGGCAUCUCUCUGCUUCUUAGUGUGAGACAGUCAGAGGCCUAAUGUUAGUUGUUAGAAUGGACAUUUUGAAAAUCCGUCAGGCAGGAACAGCGGACCGGUUGAUGGAUUGCUGGACUAGUUUAGAUUAGAAUCGAAGGAAGUUUGAAUUGAGAACUUUUGGAAUAGUUUUAAGAAGAACCACCUGUGGACUAUUGCUUAUUUUUUACUACCCCUGUUCAUGUUCUGUCUCUCCUCUCGUCCUCUUUCACUCCCUCCCUAACCCCAUUCCCUGCCCACCUCUCCUUACCCCUCUCACCCCUCUCGUCUUUUCUCUGCUGUGUCUACUUCUUGGACUGAUUUAUUUGGCACAGCUUUUUCCAGAGCGGUCUGGAAUGCACUGUUCUAUAUUUGUCGGCUGCUGAAGCUAUCUUCUCCAUCGUGGAUGAGGCUGAAUCCUGGUGCUCCUUUGGGAAGGUGUGGACCCUAACCCUGUCACACCAGCACCACCUCCAGCCUCCUCACCACUGAUAAGACUACUGGCCUCCCAGGACUAAUAAAAAUAUUUUCCUUCCUUGGCUUCAAAACCCUGAAUUAGUUUUUUUUUUCAGGACAGGUGGACUUCACUAUUGUGGUGUUGCGCCACCAUAUCAAUCGCCUGCUGAGAGUUUGAAUGUAGUUGGAACCAAGGAAAAGCUUUGGAACUGAGGCUCCAGUCAAACUCUGCACUUCAACCCCAUUGCCAACAGAAACUCUAAGGUGGAGGAAACCAUUUUGUAUGCACUUUUCACUUGUCAUAUUCUAACAUAUACAGUAGACCCAUUUCACAGUCGUGUUGUGGCACGCACAAUUAUGCGUCAGAAAGAGAGUGUUUUUUAUCAAAGAAAGUGAUUGAGCCAACAUGAAACUUCAGAUGAACGUUAACAAAUGUAAGGUACUUUGAUCAGGUUGUUAUAGUAAACGUUACACAUUGUAAUCCUGAAGAGCAACAUGAGGCCGAUAGCAUGUUCUAUCUGCUACAUCAUCAAGAUGGGGAUAGACAAGGAUAAGGGUAGGUUCUUCAGACUGGUUUAAGAUUAAUUCAGACUGGUUUAAGAUUAAUUCAGACUGGUUUAAGAUGAAUUCAGACUGGUUUAAGACUAGGCUCCUGAUGAGAUACCCAGGCAGGCAGAGUACCUCCUCUAUGAAACCAGAACAGUCCGGAUACAACCCCCACUGGCACCACAAAAACACCGUUACCAACAACAGCACAAGGGCCACAAAAUACUCCAGCUUUUAAUGCUUACUGGGCAAAAUUAUCCCAGUAAGCAUUAAAAGCUGACAUGCUUGGAGCAGCUUAUCCUAAGAUACUUUGUUCAAAUGGCAGAACAGAAGAACUGUAAUACCUACAUUCAGGAGUCCCUCCCUCCUAUCCUGAUGGAAUUAGUGUACUUCUGUAACUGACAGCUCAUUUUCUGUACCCAUUCAAAGCUAGUCUAUAUGUCAAUAUUCUCCACCCUUUUCCAAAAUUGUGCACUUGCACACUUCCUGAAAUGGAUUUAACAGUGUUAAACAUUCCUUUCUACCAAUGCUCACACCAAUCUAAUGUCAUUACAUAUAUCAUACUAAAGAAGUCGAACGUAAUAUAUCAUACUGAACGGGUCAGAGCAACCUGUUGCGAUCAAGACGUAGGAUACUAUACGCCCUAUAAUUCCUAUUAUAUUGUAUGACCGCUCUUACAUUGGUAGGCAAAUGUAAAGUAACAUAAUAAAUGGAGUGGCACGGAUUUUAGUAAAAUAUAAUCCGUUUUGCUCUGAGGCCAGGUUGGAGUAGAGAAUCAGAUACAUAAAGUAGAGCUACUAUAAUUCAUUUAAUUUGUGAAUUAUAGGAUUUCUAUGGUCAUGUGGCCAUUCAUGAAUGUUUCAUAGAGUUGUACUGUUUCACAUCGGACCAUUAUGAGAGAUCUUUUGAUUGACACCUAAGUGGGUCAGAAUGUUUUCGUUGUGACGGCAGAGAUGUUUAGAAGAUACUUGCCUGGCUAUGUGUCCUUUUGAUUGGUCUGGAUAAAACCACUAGGACAUGAUCCUGAUCGUUUCCUGGAGGUGUGCCAUGUUAGGGUUAGGGGUUAACCUAGUUCUUAGCUAGAUCCCUCUUCCCUCACGGAAGUCGAAGCACAGUACAAAAUUACCCGAACUGACCCUGGGGACUGACAGUAUGUUUAUCCACUUAAAGGCAGUAAUAGUAGUAGACAUGACGGUGUCUUCACAAUCUUAAAAUGGUUUAUCAACGCCAGCAACUUAGUGGCCUUGUGGUUAGUGUCAGCUCUGAGAUUGGAAGAUUGGAGGUUCGAUCCCAGCUCGGGUCAUACCAAAGACUCUAAAAAUGGAACCCUAUGCUUGGCACUCAGCGUUAAGGAGUUGGAUUAGGGGCCUGCGAGAGACUAGUGUGCUGUCCAGGGGGUGUACUUGUACAUCAAGCUGCCUCACGCUACAGAAACAUGAGAUAGUAUCAUUUCUUUUAGUCAUUUGACCAAUAUGUGAGAUGAUAUAUCCAGUACGAAUUUGUGUGGCACCUUACUGAAGACUGGUAUACAAUUUAUAUACAGUACAUCUUCAAUAGCAAUAGUCUCAUGAUAAGAUGCUAGAUUAUUUGGAAGUCUUUUACUUCCAGCUUUCAGAACGACUUUUCCUUCGGGGACAAGACCGAGCUGGUCAAGAGUGCCACUGAUUUCGAUGCCAAUCUUCUGUCAGUCCUACCCAAGGUUUCAGAAUUAAAGAAACAUUUUGAAAGCGUUGUCUCGAGUGAUUUAGAAAUGAACAGCAGGAAGGAAAGGAUAGCCAGGCGCCUGGAGGGUAUCGAGAGUGAGGCUCCUCUUGCCCUGAUACCUAGCUGUGCCGGCCUGGUGGCCAACCGCAUGCUGGAGGAGGACCCGCCACGAUACACCCGGGCCUCAGACCCCUGUGAGCCAAUCAUGGUGAGACGUUACAGCAGAGAGCAGGUGGAGGCCCCACAGAUGCCGGUGUCCUCCCCAGACAGACAGUCUAGGACCCGGGGCAGACCGGGUGACCAUCCUGGACCGGCCGCCCACCCCCAUGCAGAGCCUGUCCUAUCCCCUUCCGGUGGCCCAGUGGACCCAGCCAGCCUCAGUUCCAAGGCCGAGCGGAUCGCCCGCUACAAAGCAGAGCGCCGGCGCCAGCUCUCUGAGCGUUACGGCAUCCUCUUGGAUCAGGAGAUAGACAUGGACUACAGUCCUCGCUACUCGUGCUCACGUAGAGAGUCUGAUGCCUUGGAUAGAGUGGCCCCAGCAGUCACAGAGCGUAGGAGAGACAGAGAUAGAGAAAGACAGGAGGUGGAGGAAGGAGGAGGAGGGCGGGAGAGUUCCCGCAGAACUCCCAACAGCUCUGGAGUGGGCAGGAUCUACAUGCAGGCUCACCCCACUGAGCCUUCUCCUGGCCACGCUCCUGCCUCAGGUCACGGUCCAGCCCAUGCAGGCCCUACCCAUACUCAAGCCCCUCUGCCCACCCGGGAGAGGGCCGGCACCUUCUCAGAGCGGGAGAGGAUGAUGAACCUGGAGAACUACCGGCGGGCCCAGGAGAGGACAAUGCCAGGGGGCCUCAGAGGAGCCAGUAACAGGCCCCAUGAUCAUGCCCAGGCACCCUCCAUCCAGCAGCUCAGCCCUCCUCUAUCCAGGGCCUCCUCCAGAGAAUCCUGCAGCGUGGCGGCCAUCCCCAGCUCCCCUCGUACGGCCCGCCGGGCCUCCCUGCCCUCCACACGCUACGGCAUCUCCCCCGGGGACCUGUUCAUCGAGCAGCAAGCUCAGGCCAUCCUCAGCAGACAGGGAAUCAGAGUAAGAGAGAGAGUAUCGAAAGACGAGAGCGGCGUCCAAAGGGCCCCUGCAGAGCGGGGUCCAGCUCCAGAGCCCCCAGUGAAGAGACACCGAGAUCGUGCUCACACCACCACAGCUCACUACAUGCCCCAACGUGGCCACAGCUCUGACCCUGCCACCUACAAAAGGACUGGCCCCUCGUCUCAGCCCUCCCAACCUGCCUUCGCCCACGUCCCAUACCCCCACGCCUCAGCACCACGAACACACACAUCAGGCCCCACCAUGGGCCACCAGGGUACCCAUCUGGGGAGUCACCAGGGGACCCACAUGGACCCUCAGCCUUACCUAGCCAUGCCGGCCCCUGUGGCCACCAAGCUCCCUGGAGCCCCUGUGGUGGAGGUGGAUACUCCAAGGAGGAGGGUGAGCACUGACCACAUCUACACGACCCAGAGGGAGACCCACAGGGAGGGCAGGCAGGCGCUGAGAGAGGAGGUUCACACCGAGGGGCUGCUGAAGAGCCGGAAGGCCGUGCUGCCCUCAGAGAUCCGCCGUAGGGAGAAGAGUGUGGACGACCCCCAGAGAGGGGAGCCCCACCUGGGGCCAGUCAGCCGCCAGGACGACUCCACCACCUCAACCGCCAUGGAGUAUGAGAGCUAUAGGUCUGGGGGGAGGAGAACGAGUCGGGCGGACUCGGAGGAGUGGGAGACUAGGCCCAGGGAGCAGCAGCAGCACUGGUCCAGCCACAGCCAGGACACAAAGGAGACAGGUCCAGUCAGUCGCAUGGAGACCUCCCACUUCCAGCCCAGCCAGCAGCAACAGGCUCCUGAGCCUCUCCAGCAGCAUCCGCACCCCCAGAGUCAGCAGGACCUCCAGGGUCAACACGGCCUGCAGGACCAGCAGCAGGGUGACUCGGCCGUCUACCUCCAGAGGGGUGCCUACCUCCCCCAGGCCAGACACAGGAGCAUGGAGCCAGCCGGGCAGGCUGGGCCCCCCAAGCUCAAGGUCCGCACGCGCUCCAUGUCCGACAUCGGCGUAAGUCAGCGCUCGGCUGCCUAUAGGAGCAUGGAGAGUGCAGCCGCCAGCAGAGAGGCUACCAUGGCAGCCCACCUGACCAGGGAGGGAGGGGUGGCAGUGGGGGUACUGCCCAAUGGGGAGGUGGGGACCUUGGAUACCAGGGUCUCCGUGGCCCAGCUCCGACACUCAUAUCUGGAGAACGCCAACAGGAAGCCGGAGCUGGAGCCAACUAAAGUAGAGCUUACUGCCAUGGAAGUAGAUCCGGCUGCUGGGAGCGCUGAUCGGGAGCGUGGCACAGCGAGGAGGCCGCGGCGCUACAUCACCCCUGGAGACAUCCGCAAGUCCUCUGAGAGAUUUAGGACGCAGCCCAUAACCACUGCCGAGCGGCUAGAGUCUGAUAGGUCUCGUCUGAGUCCAACCGAGCUACAGAACCCAGAAGCUGACGAAGAGAAGCUUGAUGAGAGAGCUAAGAUGAGUGUGGCUGCUAAGAGGUCACUAUUUAGGGAGCUGGAGAAGACCACAGAUAGCGUCCCCAAACCGCGGUCCCGUAACCCUGCCGUGGAGAGGCGCCUGAGACGAGUCCAGGACCGUGCGCGCACACAGCCUAUCACCAACGAGGAAGUGGACAUCGCUCACACUGCCUCUGCUCUGUCCUCACAAUCGGUGACGGUCCACACCACAGUAGCACGUAUCCCCAGCCCCACUGUAGUCAGCACCACCAUGACCAGUUACAGCCUGCAGGAGGCAUCGCAGCACGGCUCUAUGGUGCGGCGCAUUGGAGAGCAGGACGGGGAGAAAGAAAGGGAGAGGGAGGCCCAGCCCAAAGGAGAUGGAACAGGCCCUGGGCCUGACGAGAUAAUGGAGGACCUGGGUCCAGAUGAGCCCGACCUUUCAACUCUCAGCCUUGCAGAGAAGAUGGCCCUGUUCAACCAGCUGUCCAAGCAGCCCUCAAAGCCUGCUGCAGAGGGGGCCGGGGCCUCCAGGGGCGACACCCGUCAGCGCAGAGCCAACAGCCGCUUCCAGACCCAGCCUAUUACCCAGGGAGAGGUGGAUCAGGAGAUAGAUCCUAUGGUUACCUCUCUUCCUCCUCCUCCACCUCCUCCUCCGUUGACUAAGAGAGAACAACUGCAGAACGGAGGAGGAGGGGUCAAGCUGGAGCCGCUGUCUGCCUCUUUGGUCCGCUCCGUGGCAGCCGUCACCUCCCAGGUCUCGGUCGCCACGGUAACCACGGCGACUUCCAGCAGCAGCAACAUCCACCUUGGAAAAUCUACGGCCGUUCCCUACAACCCCCCCACCACCGCCACCACCACCCCGGAAAGGGGAGGGGUGAGGUACUUCAGCCUGACCAAGGGCGGUGACUCCUCCGGUUUCCCUGAACCAGAUCUGUUCUCCCCUGGCCCUCCCCUUUCAGAGCAGCAACCGCAGCAGCAGGCUCACAGUAGAGGAGCCGGAGAGAGAGGAGGAGACCGUGGCGGAGCUCCUGGAGCCAGUCGCUCCUCCACUGGCCACAGAGAGAGAGAGGAGGAGGAGGAUGUGUGGGAAGGAGGGGCCAGCAGAGAGGAGAGGGAGAGCUGUGCUAGUAGUGGUGCUGGAGGCAGCAGCAGUAAGGGAAGGUUCCACUCCCCCGACAGGGACAGCAGACAGCAGCACUAUCAGCCCCCAGCCCCAGAGCCCCAGCCGCGGCACACCAACAGUAGCCAGCGGGAGUCCAUCGAGCUUCCCUCUUUGAGGCACGGGAGGGGUGAGUUGCUGGUGGAGCCCAGGCAGCACAGAGACAGAGAUAAAUACGGCAGUAGCAGCAGCAUCACCCUGGAGAGGGAAGAGCACGGGAGCUACCUGGGAGAGACACACAGCUCAGAGAGACACACAGAGCUGCAGCACACAGCAGACAGAGAGAGCACACGGAGCAGCAGGAGCAGGGAACUCCUCUCAGACACCGAGCACACCAGUGUGUCAUUGAGAACUGUGACAACAGAGGCAGCGGCCAGGAGUGUCUCUCAAACCUCCAGUAACCAGCGGAAACAGCAGCAGAUCCAGUCUUUCACCCAGUCUCCCCUACAAACUGAGCCCCAGCCAUACUUCAAACCUCACCAGCACUUCACCCAGUCUCCCCCACAAACUGAGCCCCAGCCAUACUCCAAACCUCACCAACACUUCACCCAGGAACUUCCAGCCCAAUCCCAGCUCAAGCCCCAGGAAAGGGAGAGGAGCUUCACCCAGGAACCUCCAGCCCAAUCCCAGCCCAAGCCCCAGGAAAGGGAGAGGAGCUUCACCCAGCCACUACCCAAGCCUUACUCUCAGCUAAUCCCUCACACUCAACCCAGACCCCAGUCCUUAUCCCAGCCUCCUCCUCCCCAGACCGCCCCCCAGACUCUGCCCAAGCCCACGUCCUUCCCUCAGCCGCUGGUCAAGUCUCAGUCCCUGCCUCUGGACCACAGUGGCCACAUCACAGGACACAGUGUCUCCGACCUCCUCUCCCCCAGCGAAACAGAACUCUCAGAGAUGUCCUCCAAACAGAUGUCCAUCAAAGAAAGGCUGGCCCUGUUGAAGAAGAGUGGUGAAGAGGACUGGAGGAACAGGAUCAAUAAGAAGCAGGAAGUGGUAAAGGUGGCUGUGACUGAGAGACACUCCACAGUACAAGGACAGGGAUGGGAGGCAGAGCAGACCUACAAGAAGAAGGAGGAAGGGAAGGUUAUUGAGGAGUUCGCUGCUGUCACUGUGUCUGACCAGCUGUGGGGGAAAAUACACUGUGAACCAGAUAAAAGUUUGACUGGGGAACGCCGGCUCAGCCUGCUUCAGCCAUGGAAACAUCAUCAUGACUUCAGACUUGAUUUAUCCAAAAUAAUCUCUAGGAUGGGAGAGGAGAUGGAGAACCAGGCUCAGAUGUCCAUAGAGGAGAGGAAGCAGAUGAUCUCAACACGAGAGGAGUCCUGGGUGUCUAAAGGCAAGGGGGUGGCCAACGACUCCACCCAGUACACCGUGGCUGCACGCAUGGUCAAGAAAGGUCUGGCAGCCUCCUCAGCCAUCAGCCCCAUCCUGUCUCCUGUCUCCACCAAACUCAAGAGCAACGUGCCUGUCAUCAAACCGCAGGAGGAAAUUGAAGCCAGACCAGAGAUGAACUUGGAGUCGGAUAAAAAGCUGGAUAAAUUGGAGACAUUUUUGGGACGUCUGAACAGUAAAGUGGCAGGUCUUCAGGAGACCACUCUGACCGUGACAGAGAAGGCUGUGAAGGAGGUGAUGAGGAUGGACGAUGAGAUCUUCUCCAAGUUCUACCGUCACGUGGCUGAUUUCCCACGCAUGCCCAGCAGGAUCGAGAUCGACGAGGACUUUGAUGCCAUCUUCGGCACUCAGGCGCCCAAGUUGACCUCAGCCAUAGCGCAGCACAAACGAGCAGUGAGACCGUCUAGGAACGUCCAGUCGUCUAAGAACCCUCUGAAGAUGCUGGCGGCCAGGGAGGACAUCAGACACGAGUACACUGAGCAGAGACUCAACAUCGGCCUCAUAGAGAGCAAGAGGAUCAAGGAUGAGAAGAUUGUAGUGAAUAAGACAUCGGAGUACUCGGACGCGGCCCUAGCUGGACUGGCCAGUAAGGAGAACUUCAGCAAUGUGAGUCUGAGGAGCGUCAACAUCUCAGAGCAGAUGUCCAACAACAGCGCUGUGCCGUACAAGAACGUCAUGCUGAUGCAGGUCAAAGGCCGCCGUCACGUCCAGACCAGACUAGUGGAGCCCAGAGCCUCGACCCUGAACAGUGGCGACUGCUUCCUCCUGGUUACUCCUCAACACUGCUUUGUUUGGAUGGGAGAGUUUGCUAAUGUCAUCGAGAAAGCCAAAGCUUCUGAGCUGGCAUUGUUCAUCCAGACUAAGAAGGAUCUGGGCUGCAGAGCGAGCCAGAUCCAGACCAUCGACGAGGGGGUCAACCCCCAGAGCCCUGCGGCCACAGAGUUCUGGAAGAUCCUGAGAGGAGAGCAAACCUACCAGUCUGCCGGGCCACCGGAGGAGGAUGAGCUGUUUGAGAGUGCCAUAGUGGAGACAAACUGCAUCUUCCGUCUGCUGGAUGACAAACUGGUUCCUGAUGACGACCAGUGGGGGAAGGUUCCUCACAUCACACUGCUGGAGUCCAAAGAGCAGGUGUUGGUGUUUGACUUUGGCAGUGAGGUGUAUGUGUGGCACGGUAAGGAGGUGACUCUGGCCCAGAGGAAAGUAGCCUUCCAGCUGGCUAAACACCUGUGGAAUGGAACCUUUGACUACACCUGCUGUGACAUCAACCCUCUAGACCCUGGAGGAUGCAAUACACUCAUACCCAGGAAGGGCCAGGGGCGUCCUGACUGGGCCAUAUUCGGCAGGCUGACCGAGCACAAUGAGACUACCCUGUUCAAAGAGAAGUUCCUGGACUGGGCAGACACUAAGAAACCACAACCAAAGAACACCAACGAGCAAGUCAGUGAGCAGAAGGAGACGCCGGGGCGGGAGUGCAGGCCGUAUGAUGCAGCAUUGAUGCUGCCUGUACUCCAGACAGCAGUCAGCACUGUGCUGGAUGGGAUGAACGUGGGCCGAGGCCACGGCUCUAUAGAAGGAGAGGACAGGAUGAGGACUCUAGAGAUCAGCACGGUGUCGGUGGAUGUCUGGCACAUCCUGGAGUUUGACUACAGCCGGCUACCCAAGCAGAGUAUAGGCCAGUUCCAUGAGGGGGACGCGUACGUUGUGAAGUGGAAGUACAUGGUGAGCGCAGCAGUUGGGAGGAGGCAGAACCCGGAGCUGAGGAGCGCGGGCCCUGGCAAAGAAAAGUGCUGCUACUUCUUCUGGCAGGGACGGAACUCCACCGUGAGCGAGAAAGGAACGUCGGCACUGAUGACAGUGGAGUUGGAUGAGGAGAGAGGGGCACAGGUCCAGGUACAGCAGGGGAAGGAGCUCCCUUGUUUCCUCCAGUGUUUCAACGGGGGGAUGAUCAUACACUGUGGGAAGAGAGAGGAGGAAGAGGAGAACACACAGACUGAGUGGCGUCUGUACUGCGUGCGAGGGGAUGUCCCUGUAGAGGGCCACCUCCUGGAGGUAGUGUGUCACUGCAGCAGCCUGCGCUCCAGGAGCUCCAUGAUCCUCCUGAAUGUCAACAAGGCCCUCAUUUACCUGUGGCACGGCUGCAAGGCCCAGCAACGCACUCGCCUGGUGGGCCUCACCACCGCACAGAGGGUCAAAGAACAAUGUCCGUUGGAGGCGGGGCUCCAUAGCAGCAGUAAGGUGACCAUCACCGAGUGUGACGAGGGAUCAGAGCCCACUGGAUUCUGGGAUGCGGUCGGUAGGAAAGACAGGAAGGCCUACGACUGUAUGUUGCAAGAUCCGGGUAAAUUUAACUUCACCCCUCGGCUGUUCCAGCUGAGCAGUUCUUCAGGGGAGUUUGUAGCCACAGAGUUCUACCACCCCUCCAGAGUUCCAGACUUGGUCAGCUCUCUGCCCUUCCUUCAGGAGGACCUGUACCAAGCCUCCCAGCCUGCGUUGUUCCUGGUGGAUAACUUCCAUGAGGUGUACCUGUGGCAGGGCUGGUGGCCCCAGGACAGCGAGAGCCCCGGCUCCGCCAGGAUACGAUGGGACAUGGACAGGAAGUGCGCCAUGGAAACGGUGCUGCGGUACUGCAGAGAGAAGAAUGAGAAGAAGCCUCAGAAGUCGUACCUGAUCCAUGCUGGUCUGGAGCCUCUCACAUUUACCAACAUGUUUCCCAGCUGGGAGCACAGAGAGGACAUCGCAGAGAUCACUGAGAGGGAGGCGGAGGUGUGUAACCAGAUCAUCCUGGUGGAAGAUGUGCUGGCCAGGCUGUGCCAGAACACCUAUCCCCUGGCUGAGCUGCUGGCACGUCCCCUACCUGGGGGCGUCGACCCCCUCCGCCUGGAGAUCUACCUAUCAGACCAGGACUUUGAAAAAGCAUUGGACAUGAAGAGAGAGGAGUACGAAGGAUUACCAGGGUGGAAGCAAGUGAACUUAAAGAAAGCCAAAGGACUGUUUUAGUGUAAAGCUAAGCUGAUGAGGAGUGUGGAGAGAAAUUAAAUUCAGCAAGUCUUGGACGACAGUGGAAGUUGAUAAAAAUGCUGCUUUGUUAUAACCAACGUGUUUUUGGCUCCUAGCCUUCAUCAGGUUGGUUGUGGAGAGAGAGAGGACACAGAGACUGUUGACAUGGAGGCCACCAAGCUGUCCCCCUCAGCACUUCCUUCCCAGCGGUGUGACUGAACCCCAGUAGUGGCUGGUGGUACUUUAAAAUCAGUGGAUGGGCUCAUAAUUUCAAUUGAAUGGAAUCAUUGGAAAGGUAUCAAACUCAUGGUUUCCAAGUGUUUGUUACAAUUCCAGUCAUUAUUAUGAGAUAUCCACCCCUCACCCGUUUCCUCUGCUGAACACACUCUCAGGGACAGCUUCUUUGAGUGGGUCACAGGAGAGGUGGGGGGGCUGGGGUGGAGGAUCUGCAGAGGUGUGCUAGCGUCAUGUAGCAUAUUAUUUUUACCUUUCAGUUAUGUAACUAUGUAGGAAAAUGAAAAUUCUGCUAAGCACAUUGUAUGCGAGUGGCUUUAUAUCAGGUACUGUACAACGCAGGACCUGCACUCACUCCCUUUCUCUCUCUGCUUUAAACUGUACUACAAGUCUCCACUUAUGACACCGCUCAUGCCAUAUGAAGUGACGAGGAAAUUCAGCAACUCUUCGAGGACAGUGGAAGUUGAUAAAAAGGCUGGUUUAUUGUUGAAAUAAACCAACAGGUUUAAAUUGGUUGGUAGCCUUCAUCAGGGUUUAACAGAUAAAAGAACAAUGGAGGGCAGAGUUUCAUACCAUGGACAUACACACUGAUGUGGUCUCUGGGUGUGAUGUUUUAACUGUUGUGUGUGUGUGUUUGUGAAGUAUUUAGAAGAAUUUGUAUUUAUGUAAAACAAAAAAAAAUCUGGUAGAAGGACAAUGUAUUCAACUUGAAAGUACUGUGUAAUAUCUGUCAGUAGGAGUGGGGUUUUGUUUCUUGUCAAAAGGUGUAAACAUGCCAAGUAUGUACCUUUUUUUGUUUUGCGUUCUCAAAUAUGGUACCUGCCUGGGGCUGUCAUAAUGACAUCUAACCUUUACAGGUACCUGAGAAAUGACAAACAGUUGUAUUUUUAAAGGCAUGGAAUUCUUUGUGAAAAACACUUGAAUGUUGAAUGUAUAGUGCCUUGCUUUUGUGUACAGUUUAUAUACAGAAAUUCUAGUCUGCAUUUCAAAGACUUUCUUUGUGAUAAAAUAAAUAGUAAAUAAACAACAAAUCCCCAAAUCCAAA